AGCGAGGUCCAAUCGGGUCCGCGGAGGCCCGGAAGCGGCCUUGGGGCGGCAGCGUGUACUUCCGGUUGGGCCGGUGGAGCCGCUGCCCGGGGAGGUGUGGAUGCGGCUGCUGUCCUAGCGCCCGAGGAACAUGUUCUACCACAUCUCCUUGGAGCACGAGAUCCUGCUGCACCCGCGCUACUUCGGCCCCAACCUGCUCAACACGGUGAAGCAGAAGCUCUUCACCGAGGUGGAGGGGACCUGUACCGGCAAGUGGUUUUGGAGGCUCUUCCACAUAAUGUGCCUCUCUCUCUGCAGGUAUGGCUUUGUCAUUGCCGUCACCACCAUCGACAAUAUUGGCGCGGGUGUGAUCCAGCCCGGCAGGGGCUUCGUCCUGUAUCCGGUUAAGUACAAGGCCAUUGUUUUCCGGCCCUUUAAAGGGGAAGUCGUGGAUGCUGUUGUCACUCAGGUCAACAAGGUUGGACUCUUCACAGAAAUUGGACCCAUGUCCUGCUUCAUCUCCCGCCAUUCCAUCCCGUCCGAGAUGGAGUUUGAUCCUAACUCCAACCCACCCUGCUACAAGACAAUGGAUGAGGACAUUGUGAUCCAGCAGGACGAUGAGAUCCGCUUGAAGAUCGUGGGGACCCGUGUGGAUAAGAACGACAUUUUCGCUAUCGGCUCUUUGAUGGACGAUUACUUGGGGCUUGUGAGCUGAACACCGCGGGUGCCUCCUUUCUUGUUUGACUCUUAUCUAGGGAGUGCGAUGGUCACACCUCUCAUGUUGUCGAGAGGCCCAGUCUGGCUGCUGUGGGAGAGGCAAGGAAGGCUCCUUGUUCCGGAAGACAUCCAACUCCUCUUCCGGCUUAGCAGCCACUCCCAGAUCCUGACUGUGUUCUGACCCUGAUGCCCUUUGGUUCUGUGGAACUGUUACCCUUUGGUAAAAGCGCUUCUUUUU